AUGCUCUUCUCCCAGAUCCUACCCGCAGGACUCUUCCUGCUCGGCCUUACACAAGCCGCGGCUGUCGCCAGACCUCGCUCGUCCCAGGAUUCCGACGCCGCGACAAUGGAGAUGGCCACAGCCACAGUUGCCAGCGCCCCUAUCCCAGUCCAGAGCGGUGUCGCGUCAAACUGCAACUCCUUCUACCAGGUGAAGACCGGCGAUACCUGCAUCGGUAUCCAAACCCAUUUCCACAACUUCACCCUCAACGAAUUCUACAAAUGGAACCCCGCCAUCGGGACCAACUGUCAAGUCCUCCUAGCCGGCUACUACGUCUGCGUCGGGACAGCCCCAGCUCCCACUCCAGACCCCCCUACCACUCCCUCCCCAACCCAACCGGGCAUCGCCGCCCCCUGCUCCAAAUACUACGCCGCCGUCUCAGGCGACACCUGCAUCGGGAUCACCACGCAAUAUCCCAGCCUAACCGUCAGCAAGUUCAUGGAGUGGAACCCCGCCGUCGGCAACGACUGCACCAACCUCCUAGCCGGGUACUACUACUGCGUCGAAGUGCCAGCCGCAGGAGGAGCUCCCAGGAAACAGUGA